CGCAAUGACUCAUUUAAGUCUGAAGAUUAUCUGCUGGAGCUGUCUGCUCAUUAUAAUAGCUUCAAAAGCGGAAGCAGUUUCGAUUUGGAAAUUACCAACGUCGGAACAAGUGUACCAGGAUCUGGAAAUCUGUCGCCAAGAAAGUCAAGAAGAUGCAGCCACCCUGAGGUGUUUGGUCAAAAGACUGGGACUUUGGACAGAUGAAAGUGGCUACAAUGCCAAGCGGAUAGCAAAGAUCUUCGCUGGACACAACCAAAUGGAGGAACUGAUGCUGGUGGUGGAUUACUGCAACCGGAAGGAGCGGAAGGUAUCGCAAUUGGAUGACUGGGCUCUUCAGGCCUACAGGUGCGCCACUUCCGGCCAGCUUGGCCAUUGGGUCAAGGAUUUCAUGACCCAAAAGGAAAGGCAACAAUAUUAA